UACUCUUUUGACCUUCCCCGCCCAAGGGCGCGAAACUGCUCCCAUUUCCCGCCAUCCUUCUCUGCCCCGCGCCGCUCCCACCUCUCCCUGGUCUCGGCGGCGGGCGAAUCCCUCGGCGACGGCGGCGGCGACGACGCCGCAGGUUCUUGUUCACUACGCACGGUCGAUCUAGCCCUCCUCAGACAUGGAGGAUAAGAGGGUUGAUAACAUGGAGAUUGAUGAGCACCAGCAGCAGCAAGGAGUCGGCGCUGCCCUGCCUGACGGAUUCAACACCGACUACCUCCGAAUCUACUACGCAAAGCUCUUCCCGUAUGGUGAUUUCUUCAAGUGGCUCUCCUACGGAAAUGAUGCAAAGCAUCCAGGAUGUGAUCAGUCAUACAUUGGUCGCCGAGAGCUUUCGUUUACGCUGGAGAACGACAUCUAUCUGCGGUUCCAGUCCUUUGACAGUCCAGCUGAAUUCGAGAGUUCUAUCAAAGAGAAGUGCCCUUUCAAGAUUGACAUUGGACCUGUCUACAGUGUAGAUCCUGCAAAGCGACACGCUUAUGCCCAGUCUGGCAAUAAUGUCUUCGUACCAGUGGAGAGAGAGCUCAUUUUCGAUAUUGAUAUAUCUGAUUAUGAUGAUGUUCGGUACUGCUGCUCUGGAGCUGACACCUGUCUGGAUUGCUGGCCAUUAAUGACCAUUGUUAUCAAAAUCAUGGAUGCUUCACUUAGAGGUGAUUUUGGUUUCAAUCAUAUACUGUGGGUAUAUAGUGGUCGCCGUGGUGUCCAUUGCUGGGUUUGUGAUAGUAGAGCAAGAAAGCUCACCAAUGAACAGAGAUCUGCAAUUGCCGACUACUUCCGUGUCUAUAAGGGUAAUGAGAAUGCAUUGAAGAAGGUGUCGCUGAUUGGGCCUGCCCUCCACCCUUUCCUUGCACGGUCAUACACUGAUGUCCUAAAAUGCUUCUUCGAAGACAAACUAUUACAUAGCCAGCAACUAUUGGCAUCAGAAGAGAGAUGUCAGAAGAUACUUGAACUUAUUCCUGAUGAAAAUGUUGCUAGUGAGCUCCAUGACCGAUGGCAAGGAAAUAGACGGUCCUCUAUUUCGAAGGAAGAUGUAAAUACAGCAAGAUGGGAGCAGUUAAAGACAACCUUGCAGUCAGGAAAACAUAAGACGCAGGGGCUUCGCAGAUGUGUAGAAGAGAUUGUCUUCUCUUACACGUAUCCUAGACUUGACAUGGAGGUGUCAAAACACAUGAAUCAUUUACUGAAAGCCCCCUUCUGCAUACAUCCAAAGACAGGACGUGUCUGUGUUCCAAUUGAUCCCAACAAUUGUGACGAUUUUGAUCCUUCGGCUGUUCCAACUCUAUCACAGCUGUUAGGAGAGCUCAAUGCUGCUGGUAUGCAGAUGGAUUCUGAGAGCGAUUGGGAGAGAACAUCCCUUGAGAAAUCCAUCAGAUUUUUCAGAACAUCCUUUCUGCAACCAAUGCUGAAAGCUUGCAAGGAGGAAUUGGAAAGUGCUUAUAGCGCGAAGCUCCAGCAGUCCAAGAAUACCUUGAACUGGUAAUAUUUUCCAUACACAAGGGCAGCAAUGCCGACUCAAGCAUCAACAACGUUCCACACAGAAAGGCGUCUAACAAGUGUACCAAGUGACAUCCUUGGUGAUCCUAGUAUCAUUCCAUGGGAAGUGUGGAAUUGCCCAGUUACCGCUGCAAAAUGUAAACCCGUCGUCUGUUUUCUCAAGUUAGUUUUGACGAACAGCUGAACAGAUGGUGCUGCACUAUUCUAUACAUGUGUUUUCUCA